AUGUAUUUAUAUUUGGCAGAGGCGCUUCUUGUGAGGCGAGACAACAAUGAUGAUUUAGUAUGUGAUGACGAAGGCGACUGUUAUUAUAACACUCCAUGGUACAAUUAUGGUCGUUGGCUAGUGGUAGCAGCUAUAGCUAUUGUUUUUGCUGUUUCUAUCUAUCUUAUGAGACGCAAUGCUGCGAAUAGACUGAGAGGUGCAAUGGCCCCACUUUCUAACAGAGGAUGGACCUGGGUACCACCUACCUAUCAUCAGAGCCAGAGAGAUUAUAGCAACACGACACAAGCUCCUCCUGCUGCUCCUCCAUACAAUAGAUCUCUAGGAACCGAAGAUGCCGGAUAUUACGAUUCAUAUGGCAAUUUCAUUCAGACCGGACCUGUUCAUACAGUUGCCCCCCCUACUGGUCCGCCACCACCUCCGUCGCCACUUUCACCAGUCGACUCUUCUGGCGUCCAAAUCCCUCCACCAGUUUUGCAUCACCCAUCUAAUUACGAAAUGAGGGACGUGUACCCAUCGGAUAGAAAGUCUCCUUCCGUAUUUACAUACGGCCCUUUUCCUGAAGACAGAUAUGAAGAUUUGUCUGGCCCCAGCAAUGGCUCUAGCAGUGAUCCGAACCAUAUUAUCCACCACGAAAACUCUUCCAAUGACCCCUCGUCUGCCGCUGGCGGCCCUUCAUUCGUAGAGCUGGGUGGCGCGUCUGUCCCGCCCGUCGACGACCCCGAACACCACCUUGUCCCCCCUCCCUCCCAACAGCAUAACUAG